UGUGCUGCUCAGUCUUCCCCUUACUAACUUGGAAUGCUUUCAAAUCGCAAGCAUCUGCGCUUAACCCCAAAUUUAUUUAAUCGGCAAAGCUGUCGGAUUCAUGUUACUCUAAUACCCGUGACAACCCUGUCAUAUAUACAGGCUUGAAGACAUGAUCACUAGCAGCAGUGUUUAUGGCUUAAAGAUGCAGUGGACCCCAGAGCAUGCCCAGUGGGCGGAACAGCACUUUGACAUCUCCUCCACCACCCGCUCCCCAGCACACAAGGCUGAGGCCUACCGGGGCCACCUGCAGAGGACGUACCAGUACGCCUGGGCCAACGAUGACAUCUCCGCCCUGACCGCCUCCAACCUCUUGAAGAAGUAUGCUGAGAAGUACUCGGGCAUCCUGGAGGGCCCCAACGAGAGAGGCCUGCUGUGCUCCUACAGCGACGGCCCGGCGCCUGUUGGCCUCCUGAACGGUCGCAAGGCGGAGAACGACUGGCAGGACGGUAUCUACCCCAUGAGCUGUGCGGCCGACGUCAUUGCGGCGAGCAAAGCCGGUGCCACGGUGGAGGUGGCGGCCAGCGUGGGCAGCUCGGUGGGCUCUGGGACGGCCAGCAGCCUGGCGGAGCCCAGCUACUCCAGCAGUAACUGCGGCGGAGGCGGCCACACGCCAGCCGGUCUGCACGCCGCCACAGGGCCGGCACAGGACUUCACCAGCGGCUACAACGGCUCCUACCUGCACUCCAGCUACAGCGGGCAGAGCACGCCUGGCCUGCCCUCGCCACACCCGUCACCCCUGCACAGCGCUGGGCUCUUACAGCCCCCGCCACCCCCACCGCCUCCUCCCCCGCCCACACUAGUGCCCAGCUACAACGCGGGCUCCCCGAACCUGUCCAGCUACAGCUACCCCGCAACAGGGUACCCCCCACAGACUCCGGUGGCGGGUUAUAGUCCAGGGGGAGGGCCUCCACCUCCCCCAUCCGCGUACUUGCCGUCGGGCAUUGCGGCCCCCACUCCCUUACCGCCAUCCACUUUACCCGGCUACACCUACCAGUCGCACAGCCAUGCACCGAUCGCCCCCACCCCUCUCAAUGGCAGCUCGGCCAACUCGCUGAAGAGGAAAGCGUUCUACAUGACGGGCCAGGGCGACAUGGACUCGGCUUAUGGAAAUUUCAGCUACAGCCAGCAGCAGCAGCAGCAGCAGCGCUCUACCCAGAGCCCCAUGUACCGAAUGCCUGACAGCAGCAUCGCUGACUCAAGCAGAGGGAACGGAUUUGACAGAAACGCUGAGGCGUCAUCUUUGGCGUUUAAGCCCACCAAGCAGUCGAUGUCCUCGGAUCAGCAGAGGAAGUUCAGCGGGCAGUCGGCCGGCUCGCGUGCACUCACCCCCCCGUCGUCCUACGGCUCGGGCAAAUCGUUCGGCAAGUUCAGCGAGGAGCACAGGCAGCACCUCGGCCACUCGGGCGGCGGCGGUAACGGCGCUUCGUCCGCACACCCGGCCGAGGAGCAGCUGAAGAACAGCGACGCCAGCCUGGUCGAGCUGGUCACCACUGAAGUCCUCCAGCAGGGCAUGCCACCUGUCGACUGGAGCGACAUUGCUGGCCUGGACCUGGCCAAGGCCACCCUUAAGGAUGAGGUGCUGUGGCCCCUGUUGCGGCCGGACAUGUUCAGCGGCCUGGGCGCCCUGCCUCGCACCGUCCUGCUCUUCGGGCCGCAGGGGAGCGGCCGGACGCUGCUGGCCCGCUGCAUGGCCAGCCAGAUGGGCGCCGCCUUCCUGCAGCUCAGCGGCCAGGCCCUGGCCACCAAGUGGGUGUCGGAGGGCGACAAGAUCGUGCAGGCCUCCUUCCUGGUGGCACAGUGCCGGCAGCCGGCCGUGGUGUUCGUAAGCGAAGUGGAGCUUCUCUUGUCGGGCCAGCUUGCCGAGGAGAGCCCUGUGCAGCGCGUGCGGAGUGAGCUCCUCCUGCAGCUGGAUGGCCUGCUGUCGGCGGCGGCCGACGAGCAGGUGCUGGUGGUCUGCUCCAGCAGCAAGCCGGAGGAGAUCGAUGAACCGCUGCGGAGGUAUUUCAUGAAGCGGCUGCUGGUGCCGCUGCCGGACGCUGGCGCCCGCCACCAGAUCAUCAGCCAGCUGCUGGCCCAGCACAACUACUGCCUCAGCGACAAGGAGGUGGCCCUGCUCGUCCAGCGGACCGAGAGCUUCUCCGGGCUGGAUGUGGCGCGCCUGUGCCAGGAGGCCGUCAUCGGCCCGCUGCACGGCAUGGCUGGCUCGGACUUCUUGCCGGGUCAGGUGAGGCCUGUCUCGUACCAGGACUUUGAGAACGUCUUUUGCAAAAUUCAACCCAGCAUAUCACAAAAAGAACUUGACACAUACACUGAAUGGAAUAAAAUGUUUGGCUGUUGUCAAUGAAAAAAAUAGAUCAAAAAGUGAAAAAAAAAAACAUGUUGAAAAGAAGGUAAGCCUUUUAAAAGACGGAUGCGUUUCAGAAUUAUUUUGUGGUAAACGUUCAGUUUUGAAGGGGGGACACAAAUACAUACUAGUAACCCAAACCACAAAGACAUUAAAAAGACACUUGAAAUAAGACUUGAAAAGACGCAGAGCCGCGCUUUAGUCAUUGUCUGGCAAUCUGCACAAAACACAGCAGAGAAAUACUGUUUGAUGCUCCAAACUGCUGAAGCCAAGCCUCACCUGCCCAUGGUGCACUGUAAGUAAGUUGACUUAAAGGGGAAGGAAAUCUUUAUUUGCUCUUUUUGUGUGUAUAUAUCAUUCUGCUGUUUUUUUAUUCUGUUGCUAUCAAGUGCCUGAAGUGGUGCUUUAUCAUUUUGUAUUUCCUUUUUUUUGCCUCACAAUCAACAUUGGUGGCACGUGCUAAUAUAGAAAGCUUUAAGAUGAGACUAAAACAACAACACAGCUCUGCUUUGUCCUUUUUGUUUUCAUACGAAAACAACAACAACAACAACAACAGUAUUCCUCAAUCAUGUCCGUCUCGCAGUGUAUGUGGACAGGAGAAAAAAAAAAGUCCAUGCGGCAUUUGUAAUCGGGACCCUAACUUAUAAGACUGCGUUUAUUUUAAUGUCAUUGAAAUGAAAAAGAAAUCUCAGGAAAGUGAUUGUGAUUUGUACAGUACCUCAAAAAAGAUUGUGUCGAAGCACUACAUACUGCUGACAACAUUAGGCUUGGUUUCUGAUUUGCAUUAUCUAAAAUGGAACAAAUGUAGGCGUUACCUCAGUAGAAUAGUAAAGGCAAGGAUAUGACUAUGAAUGUACCAGAGAUAUUCUGGAAUGUUGAGAGGAAAUUUGGAGGAGUAAAUUCUUUCCAUCUUUUGGUAUUGUAUUAUUUUCUGUCAUUUAAUCUUUUCUUAAUUCUAUCCUUCCUUGAAAUCUUUCCUCAUCAUUUCUUUUGUUUGUUUGUUUUUUUCCCUGUGAGUGUAAAGUAUUCCAUUGAGACUCUUGUUUUGUAUUUACUUGUGGCAGCUGAUGGGGGUCUGAUCGUGGUGUCUGAACAGAGCAACAGACAUGAGCACACCCCCCUUUCCCUGCUCUCCUCCCAUAGACAGUGAAUGGAGUCCAUGUUGACAAGACUGGCACAGACUAGAGUAGUGAUGAAAAGGUUAGCUAUCUAAGCUUAGCCACACCAGAAAGAAUGCAGUAUCCCAUCAUAUAGAUAUCUUUUCCCACCAAUUAAUAUAUGCAGUUGUAGUUUUAUCCCUGCUGCAGAAAGGAUAGAUUGACCACUUUGAGUUAACCAAAAGGGUUUUAUUUGCUCUUGGGGUUUCUUGGGCUUUCUUUCUUUCUCUUGUUUUGUCUGUCUCUUCCUUUUGGGGGAGAAUUCAAAAUGCAGUUCUAUGACUUUGCUCUGCUGCUGUCUGUGGAUUGUCUGUGAUGAUAUCUGUGCACCCUGCAUUCAGUUCUACCUCAGUUUCUCAGUUUAGAGCCGUUUUCACUAAAAAGCAGCACAUACAAGAGAGAUGGAUAGAUCACUGAACCUCUCUGACUUGUUUGCUUGCAAACUGUCCCAAUACAACAAGCUGCCAUUUUUAUCAAGGCAAAACAUACAACCCUCCACUUUAUUCAAUCCUCCCUACUCAUAGUCCAUACCUGCUGUGUCCCUAUGAAUGUGUGUGCAACUACAGUACAGGAUAUAGUCCAUAUACCCUGCUAUAUGCGUAUGAAAGUGUGUGCAUGUACACUAUUUCUGAUAGGUUCUCCUUUUAGUAUAGACACUGCAUUCAUCUUCCACAAAGAUUUCCUUAAUUUUUUAUCAUUUUGUUACCCCCAGAUACAUGUUAGCUGUAACAUGUCUGGACUGGAGCAAGAAAGGUGAACAGAGAGACAGUGGGCUCUAUUUUAAUUGGGCAUGAUGCAGGGCGCAACCAUUAAAUUUUAUUGCAAGCCAAAUGGGAGUAGUCAAAUAAAAUGUCAGAUUUCUUUCAUGUGCACCAUACUGCAAAAGAGUUGGGGAGGUGCAAUAUUAACAGUGCAGUGAUCAACUCUUCCAAUUGUCCAUUUCAAAUGAUAAAUACAAAGAUUUCAGCCACACCUGAGCACAGACUGGCAGAUGGGACAGUUCCUGUCUGAGCACAGUAACAACACUUCGAGUGCACCCUGUUGUGGCUGAGGAAGACUGCUGUAUUUAGCAUGGCCAGAAUAGCUAAGUGAGUUAAUUAUAAGAUUCUUAUUAGUCUUUAAAAUUGAAGAUGUGCUUUAUAAGUGUAGCUAAAAAUAAAACCAAACCAACCAUUGCUAUUGAGAUUUCAUAAGCAAAUUAAAUUAAAUGAAUGUGCUAUAUUGAUUAUACAUAUUUACCCAUCAAAAGCCUCAACCAAGUAUUUCAACAGGUGUGUCAUUCUGUGUACGAUAUUUUGUAAGGAAAUUGCAUUUUGUUGCAGUACCACUCCCACAAUUUGCACAAACACUACCUUGCGUGUUGCGUGCCUUGCAUCAGUCUGCGCGCUCAUAAAAAUAGUGCCUAAUGUCCAAACUGCAUGAUGAUAUCGAUACUUGUGUUUGAAUGUAUUUUCUCAUUUUCAUUUCCUUAUAUAUUUGUCAGUUCCUUUUCAUCCCUGCCUCUCCUUUCCUUCUUGUUCUUCUUUGGUUUCUUGUUCAUUUCUUGAGGCAUUUAGAAAGAAAACCAGAACAGCAUUUUGUGAAGCACUAGUAUGGUAGCGGAGGGACAUCGAUGAGAUAGAAUUAAACUAACGGCACGCUGAGGGACCUAACUUUGAUUGGUAUUAAACUUAUCCAUGUCUGUAAUCAAACCAAUCAUUCAUUCUGUUCAGUAUACUUCACUGCUGUCUGAUGAAAUCACAUCUUGGUGAUCUUUGCAAUUCCCCGUCAUGUUUUCAGCUUAUCUGACUCAUAAUCUGUGUGAAUAGAUGUAUUUACAAAUGUCCACUUUGCCAUAAUGCUUUGAAAUCCCUCUUUAUGUAGAUCAUUAUGGGCUUGAUUGAGCCUUAUGCUUCAGAGAUGAGAAGUGUUUGGUUACUGUAGCUCCUCAUUAGCACAGAACUGCUACAAUUGCCCUCUACACAAAAUCACUACACAAAAGUUAAUGUGCAAUUCAUCAAAUGCACUUUUAAACCUAGGUAUAAUCACACAUUUGUUCCCCCCCCCCAAAAAAAAAAACCCUACAAAGCCAAAGCAAAUUCAGCUUUUUAUGAUUUCGAAUGUAAUUAUGAUAACAGUUCCUAACAUUAUUUAUUUUUCUGUUCUAUCUGAAAUAAACAAAACAAUACAUUUGUUA